AUGGCUUCUGAGCAAGAAUCUCUGAGUGAAAUUACUCAAUGUCUGAAUUUAUUGCGCCCUGAAACCUCGGACGAUGCGAAGUUUGUUGCUCUUAUGCUGCUUCCUCGCUUAUUACAGCAAGAUCAGGAAAAUGUUAUACGUAAUUCUUCUGAUAGUGAAUUACCUGAUAAUAUAUUGAAAACAAUUGCUAUUCACAUAAUAUCAUGUUUUUGCGAAGUAGAAGAGCUUUUAUCAAAACGACAAGUCCACGCUCGAAUUCCUACUUUGUCAACUUUAUUAGUUCCGAAAGAAAACGAAGAAUUAGCCAAAGAAAUUUUAAAGAUGUUUAUUAGAUUAUCUUCUGACAAUCAAGCUGUUAAUUAUCUUGUUGACAAUAAAGUUGUUACAAAGAUAUUAUCGUGUAUAACAACCACAACGAAUGAUGAAGUUCGGGAUUUAGCACUGCAAGUCGUCUCUAAUAUCACAAAUACUCUAAUAAUAUCAACCGAUCAACUCACGUCAGAUAUAGCGUCUAUUCAGAAUUAUAUGUAUACAGUUCUCAAUUAUUUGUCUUUAACUUUUCGAACAAAUCAAGAAAAAUUCAAAUUUGAAUUACUCAAUUUUUUUGUCGAUAUGUUUUCAUAUAUGACAGAUCAGUUUGUUCAAAUUGUCUUUAUAACUGAUAAAACAAAACUAGAUGAAUGGAUACAAAAUAUCAAAUUCGGAUUAAAAGAAAUUUUAAGUAGCAGACUUGGCAAUGAACAACGUGAUAAAGCUCUGUCGCUCAUUAUGCUGCUUCUUCAUCAUAUUGGCGCACCUUGGUUAUUUGCUUCAACUACUGAAAAUUUAUCUUUAAAUCAGACCUCUGCUAAUAAAAUCGAAGAUUUUAAAUUUGCUGCUUUAGUAAUUCAGUUAGCUUGUGUUGAAGUUCGUCUUUUGCUAGAUGAUUUAGCUGAGAAAUAUGAAAAGCAGGAGUUACAAGAAUUCCAAUCUAAUAAGCGACAUGAAACUAUAUUAUCUGCCUGUUAUACUAUUCUCGAAAAAUCAAUUGAAUAUUUAUCACAAAUCGAUAUUGAAUUAGCUGAAUUAAAUUUAGAUCCUGAAUUGCUCUUGCGGUUAAAAGGAACAAUGACUGAAACAUUUCGUUUUAUUAUCGAACAUUUAGUGGAUAUUAAAGAAACAACUUUUGUUGAAGAAGUUAUUAAAGAUACGUGUGUUUUAGCUAGUAUUCGUGUUCUUUCUGCGUGGCUCGCAGAAGAUAGUUCAUUGGAAAAAGUAAUAUCUAAUGCGAUGCCGUUUUUGAUUGAAAUAUGUCAAUAUAGGCAUGUUGAUUUAAUCAAAAUCAUGACACCAGCUUUUCUAAAUCUCACAUCACUUGAUCAGCCGCGUGAGGCUUUUCUUAAGCAUGGAGGAACGCAGAUGGUGAUUGAUUAUUUGGUGAAAUUCGGGUCGAAUAAAAAAGAUUAUAAUGAUAUUUCUGGCCCUAUACAAGAGUUGCUGAGCAAUGUAGAGGAUUAUGAAUUGGGUUCAUCUGAGGAAAAGAGAGCCGAUGUCCAUUCUCUUUUUUCGUAA